CCAUUUCUAUAUUUAUAUAAUCAGGUUGUCUGUAAUUUUAUUAGUCUUCCAUUCAUUGUCAUAUCCUGCCAAAGAAAGGAUAUCUAUAGGUUUGCUAGUUAAACGUUCACCACAGAGAUAAGGUCAAAGGGACAAACGUGGUGUACAUUCAUAGCACACCUGCCCAACUUCACUUCCCUCAGAACAAGGAAAUGAAGACGCUAAUAAAAUGAGCUGGUUGUUGUUGGACUCUUCAAACAUGCGCAGCCAUGGGAAACAGAGUAACCAAUACCUUGGAUAAGUGGGGUUUAAAUCCAAGGAAUCUGAGUCUAAGGCGGUCAAGAAGAAAAGCUCCACCUGCAGUUUCACCUCAUCAGACUGUAGAUCCCCACAUAUAUGACCGUGUGACAGCCGAGCCAGAGUAUGCCAAAGUGAAUAAGAAGAAGAAGAAGACCGAUUCUGAUGGCUUGCACUAUGCAGAAAUUCAGGUGCUACAAUCUGAAAGCACAAGCAAGCAGAAGACCACGCCAUCCAAAAACUCAAGCACGGAAUAUGCAACCAUAGACUUUCUGAAAGGUGCUAAACCAAAAGAGUCUGCCGAACCUGCAGAUAUACUUAUUCCACCUGGAGAGCUUCAGAGGCUAAUGGUUAAGUCUCAAAAGAAGAGGAGUGCUUCCUCACAUCGGGCUGUCAUGGUUUGAACAAAUGAUUUAAAAAAAAAAAAAAAAAAUUGUAUAUAGUUUUUAUAAAUCAGGAUGAGUUUUUUUUUUAAAGAAAGAUCAAAUGUAUGCUGUAUUUGUUACACAUUAAUCAUAAUUCAUAAUCAUUUCCUGCACACUGGAUAUUCUCAAAUGUUGUACAAAAAUGUGAAAGAAUAAUGAAAGAAAAGAACAUUGUAGCAUGCAGUUAGUACUUCUGGUCAGUUGAUUUCACAGUAACGGUAGUGGUUGCCUACUGAUCCUAUCUAUCAUACUGUGCAUCUUUUGCAUAAUCUGUUCAGGAAAAAUAAAUAGCUGCAGGCAUAUAAUCUGUGUUCCUAUCUAAAUGGGAUACACCCAUGGAUGGCUCGUAUAAAUGGACUAGCAGAGCUAAGCCUCCCUGUUUUUCAAAGAUAAAAAGACAUCAGCAAGGUUUAAAUUUUGGUGCACACAUCAGAUUAUUUGAUGUUAACAAAUGUUUUAAAAUAAAAUAAUUUUGGGACUUUGCUCCACAAAAGUGCCACAGCACCACCAAUGGUUUUAAGAAUAAAAAGUACAGAAUGGUAUGAAGAAGCAAGGAUUGGGCUGAUUACUUUGCAGCCCAGACUGUAGAUUCAUGCAGCCUAUUAGUCAUAGCUGUGUUGGGUGAUUACACAGAAUGACACACCCCCAAGAUUUGCUCUCCAUUUGGGCUGGUAGUAGUGAUUGAGUUGGCACAUGUGAAGUACAGUCUCAGGCAUAAUGAACAAAGUGAAUUAUUUACUCUAUCAUCUUUUUUGCCCAAAAUGCAUUUGAAGGAGAAACUAAAAGUAGAUAGACCGAGCACACAUCGUACAAUCAGAGUACAAAUUACACAACAGUAAAAUAAUAAUAAUAAUACUUUCAUAUAUUGUCUUAAAUGAUUGUAGGAUAUAAAAACAAAACGAACAUUUUAUGACUUGGUAUUAAAGAUUAAUGAUUGAACUCUAUAAAUGAACUCCAUCUUGUUUUCAGAAACCACAACAGUUAUAUUGCUUCUAUAUAUUACCACUAUUCAACUAAUGAAUUUGUGACGGUAUUAUGUGAUAUUAGAAGAAAACCUGCUCUUUUGAAAUCACUGUGAAGUUUUAAUUAAAUCUUCAAGUAUUCAAGGUCAAAAGAUCUAUUUAACAAAAAUAUGUACAAAACAUGUACAUUUAGGUUUAUAGAAUUUCAGAAGAAAGAAAAGAAAGAAAUGUAGGAAGUCAUGCUCUGAAGGAUUGUUUUUCAUAUAAAUAUUUGUCCUUUUUUUUUGGUACUUCUUGUUGCAAGGAAAUUGUGAUUGUUGUAAAUGUUUAUAAUAAAAAGGAAAAGAAAUCUUA